AUGAUGGUGCAUUGUGCGGGCUGCGAGAGGCCGAUUUUGGACAGGUUUCUGCUGAACGUGUUGGACAGGGCAUGGCACAUUAAAUGCGUCCAGUGCUGCGAAUGCAAAUGCAACCUGACCGAGAAAUGCUUCUCCAGGGAAGGCAAACUGUACUGCAAAAAUGACUUUUUCAGGAGGUUUGGUACCAAAUGCGCCGGCUGCUCGCAAGGCAUCUCCCCCAGCGACCUCGUCCGAAAGGCCCGGAACAAAGUGUUUCACCUGAACUGUUUCACUUGCAUGGUUUGCAACAAGCAGCUCUCCACGGGCGAGGAACUUUAUAUCAUAGACGAAAACAAAUUUGUUUGCAAAGAGGACUAUUUGAAUUCUCCCAGUUUGAAGGAAGGCAGCCUCAACUCAGUGUCCUCAUGUACAGACAGGAGUUUAUCCCCGGAUCUCCAGGACCCCAUGCAAGACGACACCAAGGAGACGGACAACUCGACCUCCUCGGACAAAGAGACCACCAACAACGAGAAUGAGGAGCAGAACUCGGGCACCAAGCGGAGGGGGCCCCGUACCACCAUUAAAGCCAAGCAACUGGAGACCCUCAAAGCUGCCUUCGCAGCUACCCCCAAGCCCACCAGGCACAUCCGGGAGCAGCUGGCCCAGGAGACUGGGCUCAACAUGAGAGUCAUCCAGGUCUGGUUCCAGAACCGCAGGUCCAAGGAGCGGCGGAUGAAGCAGCUGAGCGCCCUGGGCGCCCGCCGGCACGCCUUCUUCCGCAGCCCGCGGCGGAUGCGCCCCUUGGGCGGCCGCCUUGAUGAGUCCGAGAUGCUCGGCUCGACGCCCUACACGUACUACGGAGAUUACCAAGGUGACUACUACGGGCCGGGAGGCAAUUAUGACUUUUUCCCCCACGGGCCGCCCUCCCAAGCCCAGUCCCCGGCCGACUCCAGCUACCUUCAGAACUCAGGACCCGGCUCCACGCCCCUGGGACCCUUGGAGCCCCCCCUAAGCGGACACCACUCCUCAGAAAACCAAAGGUACACGGAUAUGAUCUCGCACCCCGACACCCCCAGCCCCGAGCCGGGCAUGACCGGCUCGCUGCACCCCAUCCCGGGGGAGGUCUUCAGCGGGGGGCCCAGCCCGCCCUUCUCCAUGUCCAGCAAUAGCGGCUACAGCGGGGCCCUCUCGCACCCCGGCCAGGAGCUCAGCGAGGCGGCGGUGUGGUAG